GCACUUAAUGCUGUUCAGUAGUAUAAAUAAGUGUAAGAAGCAGCACAGAUAAAACAAGUGGGAGCCUUCUGAGUGCAUUAAUAGUGCCAAAGGAAGAUGAAGCCCACCCUCUAUGUAUUUAUGUUAAUUAUUGCACUUCAUACUGUUGUCCACUGCAAUCACCAACCUGACCACCAUGAUGAUGAUCAGAAAGACAUUGAGACCCAAAAGCCUUCUCCCCCCAUUGAAGACCAUGAAAGUAAGGCCAUGCCCUGUCACAAGAUAGCCCCUAGCAAUGCUGACUUUGCUUUCAGAUUCUAUAGGCAAGCUGCAUCAGAGGCAGCUGGCAAGAACGUUUUCUUCUCACCUGUGAGCAUCUCCACUGCCUUUGCGAUGCUGGCCCUUGGGGCUAGAUCAACCACACUGGCUCAGAUUCUGGAAGGCCUCACCUUUAACCUGACUGAGCUUGAGGAGAAGGAGAUCCAUGAUGGUUUUCAUCAUCUCAUCUGUAUUCUGAACCGUCCUGACAGCAAGAUUCAGCUGAGUAUGGGAAAUGCGGUUUUCAUCGAUGAGAAACUGAAACCACUCCAGAAGUUUUUGGAUGACAUCAAAAGCUUGUAUGAAGCAGAAAGCUCUUCUAGUAACUUUCAGAAUUCCUCAGAAACUGUGAAAGAGAUCAAUGAUUACAUCAAGAGGAAAACCCAUGGGAAAAUUGUUCAGUUAGUCAAGAGUCUUGAUCCAAAUACUGUAAUGGUUCUUGUCAACUACAUUUACUUUAAAGCCUACUGGGAAAAACCUUUUAAUGUUCGACUGACUCGGGAAGAUGCCUUUUUUGCGGAUGAGAACACAACAAUUAAAGUGAAUAUGAUGACCCGAGAUAGUUGGUAUAAAAUUCACAAUGAUAAGGAGCUGUCUUGUAAAGUGGUACAAAUUCCUUACAGUGGAGAUGCCGUAGCACUAUUUAUCCUGCCCGAUGAAGGAAAAAUGAAGCAGGUAGAAGAUGCUCUUGUAAAAGAAACAAUUUCUAAAUGGGAAGCAGCACUUAAAGGAAGAAGAGUCAUUCUGCACGUUCCAAGAGUGUCUGUUUCAGGCACCUAUGACCUAAGUGAGAUCUUCAAACGCCUGGGCAUGACCGAUGUAUUCAGUGACCAUGGAGAUUUGUCUGGAAUCACUGGAAAACCUGAGCUGAAGGUUUCCAAAGCUGUUCACAAGGCUCUGCUGAACGUCCAUGAGAAUGGCACUGAGGCUGCAGCAACUACUGUGGUCGAAAUAGUUCUUACUUCGCUUCCUCCUACUGUUAAAUUCAACAGGCCCUUCUUGUUGUUGAUUGUUGAUAAACACACGUGCAGCAUCCUUUUCAUGGGGAAAAUUGUAAAUCCUACUGAAAAUUAACUGUCUAGCUGGUGUACAUGAUGGUUAAAUCCUCAGGUAUUUUACAUGCCAGUUGGUGUUCAUAUCUAUAUCAAAAAUUUAAUUAACAUUAAUUCCCAAAUAAAUGCACUUGAAUUUGAUAACUCCUAGCCACAGACAUUUUGUUAUUCCAUAAGCCAUUAGAAAGCAAUUUGUGCAAAAUAUUAUUGCUAACAUUAAACUGUGUACUGAUUUGGAAUUACUAUUUUUAAGUGUCAGACAAGGUUCUUUGCGUAAAUGUGAUAUCUUUUAUUAAAC